GGGGGUGAGGCAAGGAGGCAUUCUUAUUGACGUCAUAUCGAGUCAACUUUCCAUCAUAAAACGUUGUCCAUGCCUUGUUUUUCCCGGCAUGAUCGAAGAACGUAUUAUUUAGAUAAUCAAUUGAGCCAUCAUAUAUUAAUAUAGUUGUAAAAAGAAGUCGAGGUCGAAAUUGGAAUUAAAAGAGAUCUAGAAUAAUCUUCUUCUAUCUGUCGCGUUAUGGAAAUCAACCUCCCUCGCAUCAUCGACGCUACCAUGCCGAAUCGUGGCGAUCGAAACAUUGGAAUCAUCUCUAGCAACGGUCUUAACCACAAUGAUCCCGGAUUUUUAUCUAGCGAAUUCCCCCAUUCACCUCCUAGACUCUAUAUUACAGCCGAAAGUGACGAAUUUGACUUGCUAACACUCAACGAAUGGAAGGAUGAGGGCUUCAAGGUUGAAUAUAUCCCUAUGGGCAAUGGGGGUAACGAGUAUCGAAUGAAGUUGGACUCGUUGCGUAAGGCCAACUUGGGCCCAUGCGAAACUUACGGAAUAGUUGCGUAUGGCGAUGCCGCAAGUUUCUGCCUGGAACACUUUCAUAUGUUUGACAACAACCCUGAGUUCCGGCUCAGUUGCCUCAUCGCCUAUUACCCUACCCGCAUACCAGAUCCUCAGACCAGAUUCCCUGGCGGUAUUCAUGUUCUUGUCCACCUAGCUACUGGCGAGUCUGUCGGUAUCGUGAAGCAGACGCAGCUGGUGGGGAUUCAGGGGAAGAAACGCGUUGUCGAUAGAACAAUCGAUCGGGGUAAGGGUACUGGCGGGAUGUUGCAGAUGUCUUAUCCGAGCUACACGUAUAAAGCCACGCCCGGUUUUGCUGAACGGGAUUUGGAUGAAUUCGACAGGGUCAGCGCAGAGCUCAGCUGGAGUAGGAGUCUGGCGACUGCACGCAGGGCAUUUCGUAAAGAUGCGGACUUAGAGAAGACCCUUGAACAAAACGUCGAAAGCAAAUUCUACACGCGCGAUCUGCGGCAGACUCUGUCCACUUACUCAGCCCAUCAGAGCCCUCAUGUAACCUAUGUUCCCACACUAACAGGGGGCAUCGGUCCCGAAGAGCUCCAGAGAUUUUAUUCCGAGUUUUUCCUCGACCGGAACCCCCCAUCUAUGAAACUCACUCUGCUUUCACGUACAAUCGGUGCUGAUCGUGUGGUGGAUGAGUUACAUAUCUCAUUUAAGCACACCCAAGAGAUGCCGUGGAUUCUUCCAGGAGUGCCGCCCACAAAUAAGAGAGUCGAGAUUAUAGUAGUGAGCAUAGUGACCCUGCGCGGAGGGCGGCUGUACCAUGAGCAUAUCUACUGGGACCAAGCGAGCGUACUGGUGCAAACUGGCCUAUUAGACCCAAAGGUCGUACCGGGGAAAGCAAGCGAAAAGGGGCUUAAGCGACUACCAGUCGUGGGAAAGGAGGCAGCCAAGCGUGUGCUGCGAGGUUAUGAUGAAGGUGACGAGGGCGAAGCUACGAAUGAUCUAAUAGCAGAGUGGGACGACGACUUUGAUGACGACGCUCACGACGAUCAAAACAAGACUAAGAAUAGCGGGAGCACCGACGGAAAGGGGACAGAAGUCAAAGAGAGCGAUAAGCCGGACGACUCAAAGGACAAAGAGCCUGAGAAAGAAAGUCCAAAUCAGCCACCUGUCGAAGAUGAAAAGUCCGAGGCCAACUAGUAGGACACAAGCAUAUGUCAUGAAACUACAUCUCCUACAGCCGCCUAAAU